AUGAAGCACCUGAGGCUUGGAGAAUUAUCGAUCACGUUGAGCCGGCCCCGCGGUUACCACAACGUCUACCGGGUUCAAAACAAAUACACCAAUGCCAUUUUGCGAGUCCUCUUGCCUCUGGAGCCGGGUUACAACGCACUUUCUAUCGUCGCAUCUCUCGAGUGGGCUCGCCAGGCCAACUCGCUGCCUGUCCCGCAGGUACUCCGCGGUGACAACUCGGCGAGCAAUACCCUUGAAUUCGAAUGGAUCUUACUUCAAUACAUAGACGGGGCGCCCUUGGACGAGGAUGAAGAUUAG